GUUUCAAUGGGACAUGUUUCAGAGUUACAACUUAUUGUUUACAACGGAAGUAAAGCAAAACUAUCAAAACUGAAGUUUGCGCUUUCUGUGUUUCGUGGCUCAUUAAAUGCACUUUAAACAUUCCAGUUGGAAUUUUAUUAUAGUUUAUUUAGACUUAAAGAUGUCUUUGUAGUUGGAGAAGAGAUGUUGGUAAGCUACAGCAGCAGCUCGGAGGAGGAGGAGGAAAGCCAAGCGUCGACUAAAAGUCAAAUUUGUUCUCCCAAAAAGGAAAAAGGAAGUUUUCCUAGGCCGAAGAAAGCAAAGAUGGAAGAAUGUGUUUCCAAAACAAGACUGCCACUUCCUGACUGUCUGCAGACCAUGUUUCCAGAUGAAGAAGAUCGACAAACCGAGGAUAGCUCACUCCAUGGCGGUCGUAUCCGCUCCUUCAAACACGAGCGGGGAAACUGGGCCACUUAUGUUUAUUUUGCAUACCAUCCUGAGGAGGAGUUUGAGGAGCUGCUGGAGGAGCUGCUCUCAGCAUCAACAUCUCACGGUGUGGCUUUGACAGCGCAGGAGGAGUUUCACCUCAGCCUGUCUCAAACGGUGGUGCUCCGACACCACUGGAUCCAGCCCUUCAUGAAGAGCCUGAGGGGAGGCCUGACUCACUCUAAGAGAUUUGUCUGUUCAGCAGGGAGGCUGAGGGUUUACUGCAAUGCUGAAAGAACAAGGACGUUCCUCGGUAUGGAAGUUUUUACUGGGCAUGCUCAGUUGUUGGAUCUGGUCCGAGUUAUUGACCAAACGCUGACCGAGUUUCAGCUGGAGACUUUCUAUAAGGAUCCAUCUUUCCACGUGAGUCUGGCCUGGUGCGUUGGAGACCUGACAGAGGAGCUGAAGGAGAUUACCCAAGAGCUGCAGAGUCUGGUAGACGGGCGUGAAGAUGGACCUUUUCUUUUAAACCUAGACUGUGCCGAGCUGCGCUGCAGGACGGGAAACAAAACCUUUCGCUUCCCUUUGGAAACGUGACUCAUCAAAAUAAAAACCUUUAAGCAUCUGUGUACCGCGCAGAAGAAUCUGCAGAUAUGACGCUGGAUCGUCCAAAAACUGUUUAUGAAUAAAGCUUCUACAUGUUUUGUA